CCCCGCCGCCGCCGCAGCCCCCGCCGCCGCCGCCGCCGCAGUUUGUGCGCGUGCGCGGCAGAGCUGUGCGCUGACGCGCCGUCUCCUGGCAGACGCAGGCCGCUCCGCCGCCGCCGCCGCCGCUGAUAUUGCAGUCUUCCCGCGCGCCGUGCACUCGUACCGCGUGCUUCCAACGCCCCCGCUGCCUAGGGCCCCGUGCGCUGAUAAGCCGCGAGCCAUACGCCGCCGCCGCUUCCGCCACCUAGAUAAUGGUUCAGUAGAUAACUAUUCUGGUCUGGGUCAAGAAAACGAACUUGAGACAUAAUUUCUGCCAUAACAACACGGCAAAACACAAAAUGCAGUCAUUCACAGUGCAAGCGAGCUACAAUUCUCGAAAACUUUAUCACCAAUUCUGACUGAUGAAUCCAGUUGAUGGUAUUGGCAGAUAAAAUCUCAUGCCGAUUUUGCAUUGAUUGAUGGUCAAACCUGUCGGCCUUCGCUCAAAUCGGCAAAGCUACUCAUCUGAUCCUCAGGUUACGUCGAAGAAAGAAAGUGUAACAGAAAAGAGAAAGAAAGGUUAAGGGUCCCGCGCGUGGGCGUGAGCCAUGUGCGAGAGGGGCAGCGUGGGCGCGGGCGCGGGGCGGCG